UAAACAUGGCUAUGAGGAAUGCAUCCCGGGUGGAGGCAGAUGCAGAGGAGGAAGAACAUUUUGGGCCGCAACCGAUUUCACGUCUGGAGCAAUGUGGCAUCAGCAGCAGUGACAUUAAGAAGCUGGAAGAUGGUGGUUUUCACACCGUGGAGGCCGUAGCGUACGCACCCAAGAAAGAGCUGCUGCACAUCAAAGGAAUCAGUGAAGCCAAAGCCGACAAGAUCCUGACAGAGGCUGCUAAGAUGGUUCCCAUGGGCUUCACCACAGCGACUGAGUUCCACCAGCGCAGAGCUGAAAUCAUCCAGAUCUCCACAGGGUCCAAAGAGCUUGACAAACUCCUGCAGGGAGGAAUCGAGACGGGAUCCAUCACUGAGAUGUUCGGCGAGUUUCGCACAGGAAAGACACAGCUGUGUCACACACUGGCCGUCACAUGCCAGGUAUUUGGUGUGGCUGUGGUCAUCACUAACCAGGUGGUAGCACAGGUGGACGGAGCAGCCAUGUUUUCAGCAGAUCCCAAGAAGCCGAUUGGAGGAAAUAUUCUAGCACACGCCUCGACUACUCGAUUAUACCUGCGGAAAGGUCGAGGAGAGACGCGGAUAUGCAAGAUCUAUGAUUCUCCAUGUUUGCCUGAGGCAGAGGCAAUGUUUGCCAUUAAUGCUGAUGGAGUGGGUGAUGCUAAAGACUGAAAUGAGACCGACCAGAGACCCUGUGUGAGACCAUCAGCCAGAGAAAAGACUCCUGUAAAAUGAUUGAAAUGUGUAAAUGUGGACACAUUGUUUAGUCUGGAAUUAUUCGGAAAGAGAAUGAACCCUUCAGAGGGAAAUUCAUUGUUGAUUUAAAUAUAUGCAGAUUGAUGGAUAUUCACGGAUCUGGAUGAUUUGAGCUGGUGUAAUUAUUUGCUCUUUACGGUGAUGUCAGCCUCCUCUUUACUGUUUGUUAUUUACAUCUUUUGUUAUAUUUGUUUGUUUUGUCUGGACUAAACCUUUUUCUUGUACAUAAACUACUCAGAAUUAAAGUGUUUUGUCUGUUAAACUAA